UCACAUAUCCAAUUCUCCUCAACGAAAAAGGCAAAAAAGCGCGUUUCCUGCUUGUGCCUGUUGGUUUCCAGUAUAUCCAGGAGACCCUCGCCGUUAUCUUCCUGUCCUCAUCACUCCUAUUCUGAUCUCUUUGUUCUCCAUCUUGGACACCUUGUCAAUUUCUAAUUACUCGUUUGAUGGUUGAUACACUCGCUCUACAGUCCAUAGAGUCUUCUCCACCACUCCAACAACUGCUGUGCCGCUCAGAUAAACCAGAAAUUCAGCCUUUGUGUAGCAAACCAUUGACGCGUGCAGUCUCAGAUUCCUUGUGCCUUCAUGUGCAAUCUGGAGUGCCAAGCAGCUCAGAGUGUGGAUCCGUUUCAUUCAGUAGCGCAUUCCCGCAUUCCUCCCUCAUCUUAUCCAAUUCUCCUUCUACCACCAACGGAAGCAAUAGCAACAACAGCCGCAUACAAUUAGGUCAACAACACCUUCGCCUCCAUCUUCCACACGUUAUGACGCCCUUGGACCGUCAGGGCUGUCAAGCGGAUCAAGGAUUUGCCCAAGACACUCUUCAGACGCUCUCAGCCUUAAUGAACAGCCAAUUGGACUCUAGUACAACAGGGCACCCACAUACACGCAGCUCCAAUACCUCAGCUCAGUUCUCCUUCUCAGCCUUUUCUUCCACUUCCUCCACUCCAAAUUCGGGAUCCACAACCCCUGAGGUACCAACAGCAUCCCACAGUAUUGCAGUCAUUACGCCCUUGUCAAUGGCCAGAACAACACCCAUCGGAAGAGGGGGAAGAGAUCAGGAUAACGGAGCAUGGUUGUCUACUGCUGUACCAUCCAGUCAAAACACCGGCAGCAGCCUGCUGAUUGGUCUCGAUCAACACCUCCUCUCCCCUGAGAAUGCAAGUGUACAUGGCUGUCAACUCCAGCAACGUGUGGUACAACCCAUUGCAACCCAUUCAAGAAUGCCUAGCGAUCAGCAAUCUAUCCAUCCGCUGCAGUUAGACCCGGAGCCCUGCCUCUCCUUUCACUUGCAACAGAAUCCUUCAGAAGAACCUAAUCAAGAUCUGAUGGCAACCACGGCUUUCCCUAAUGGAUUGUUGUCACCUUUUUCGACUUCCCGUCCCUUGGUCAACUUUCAGCCUCUACCACCAAUUCUAGCUUCACAAACGAGCAAUGGGGUCCGUAAGAAAACACCGCUGGUUUCCAAGAUACGUAGGAUAUUUGUCAAACCCACCAUGGGUCUCUCUACCAAGGAGCAUAAGAUUGAGGUCGCCGCUGUUACUGACGUGGACAUACUGCUUCAACAGCAUCAACAAUUGCAGUUUCUUGAGGAUAUCACCUCAAUGACCUCAAUUAGCAACAGUUUUUGCCCACCUGAGUCAUCGCUCGAUCAACAUCGUGAUUCAGUUUCGUCCUCGAGUUCGGGCGAGACGAUGUCGGUUGGUCAAGUAGAGUUUGGUCUAAGCACACCAGCGACUUCGCCAGAAGCUUCGCCACCAGGAUCACCAAAAUUGAAGCACAGCAUGUUGCCACGAACACCUAUCCUUCCUGAGAUGCCAAGCCCACAGCACUCUCUUCCGUUGUUUAAGUUCGAAAGUCAAGCUACUACAACCACGCCGACAGCAACCCUCUCUAGCGUGUCUAAAGCCAGUCCGACGAAGCGGUUCGAGAAGCUCCAAGGCCUUGACUCGACACCGACCUGGACAGGGAAGAAACGACUCUCUUUCGCCAUGAUCACGUCAUUCUUCAGUCCCCGGAGCUCCGUGAAUGCAACAGAAUCCAUCAAGAAGAAGCAACAACGGUCGUUCUCCGUACCUAAUGUAGAGAAUCCCUUAGCCGUGGCGGGAUGUCAGAUUAUGGGAUUUCAGAGAAGGCAUUCAUUCAACGAUAUACCUGAGAACGUCGAGCCCAAGGCUUUGGAGCAGCAGUUAACACCACCUCCCCAACCGGGACACAGGAGCGACAUUUCUGAUAGAGCUGUUACCAUUACCACCCGAGCCGCCGGAGCUUCAGCUUUUGCCUCGGUUCUUCCUACACCCGUGACGCCGACCAAGAAAUCCAAAAUUUACGGCGUCUUUGGCAAGCAGACCAAACGGAAGAGCAAGAACAAUACGAUUGCCGGUGCUGGGUUAGUUGAUAUACCCGCUGCGUUCGCUACGUCCACCGAUCCCCCGGGACCCGCAUCGGUCCACCGUCAUCAGCGAUCGUCUUCGGCCAACCAAUCCCCAUCAAAUCGCUCGAGCAUAUAUGAUCAAAGUCACCAGGAGCUGCAGCAGCGGCAACAGCAACAACAACAAGAACAGCGACAGAGACAAGCAACUAGUAAGCGUUCAAUCCAAUCUGAGGCCCCCAUCAACCUUUCUCCGGACGCAGAUUCAAGCAAUCGAAGAGCCUCAGAGGAGCAGCAGCAUGGUCGACUAGGCGAGAGGGUUGUGGGUCCAACGCGUCAUCGUCGUCAGAGUAGCCUUGUUGGUCGGCAGGCUAGUCAACAGGGACAUUAUCCUGUUGCGGAGAGGAAGCAGCGCCUCUCGGUCCUCCAUUCGGCCUCCGGGGACAGUACUAAAUACACAGAAUCCUUUCCAUCGGGGCAAUGUUACCAAUAUCAGCAACAGCAACAACCACAGCAUUAUCAGCAACAGCAACAACCACAGCAUUAUCAGCAACAGCAACAGCAGCAGCAACAACAACAACAGCGGCCUCAGUAUCAACAUGCAUAUAUCCAUCAUCACCAACGCGACUGCGAGACACUUGGCCUGCCCCAAAAGCCGGGGGUCAUGCCCAUCUCGACCAUAUUUUCAUUAUCGUUCUCGUCGCAAGGAAACAGUGACUUCACACAGAAACGUUCAUCAAAUCUGCCUCCCAAAUACUCUCAGCAAAACCAAUGGUCUACUGUUCAGGGAAAAGAGGGAUCGUUUGUCUCCUCUGUCGUCAGCAGUGAUUCUCAUUCUGUGGGAGGAUAUCCCUUUCACGAGCUGCUCGCCGCACAAUGUAGCAGUUCAUAUCAACAGAGCGAGAGCGAAAGUGGCGCUUACGAUGGCCGAUGCGAUUCUUUCACAUUUUCUCCUCCAGCCGCCCGACUCUCGAUGUAUUACGCCCCAAUGAUGGAAAGUCAGGGCCCCUCCACAAUGCUUUGCCCCAGGACCCCCAGGACUGCUACCUCUCCAUUCACAGGGCCCACUGUGGCCAACAACCAACACCAGCAUCUCUACCAGCAGCAGCAGCAGCAGCAGCAACAAUACCACGUUCAGCAGCAGCAGUACCAACGAGCCCAACAACAACAGCAACCAUCGCCCCAGCAACAAUAUCUCUUUGAACAGUUUCGACAUCAACAGCACCAGCAGUAUGUAAACUCCCUUACUAUAGCCUCUCUACCGCAUCUGCCAUCCCAAGCUCAGUGCGGUUUAUACACGCCCUUAGCCUAUCCAUACGAAUUCAGUCCCCAAGAACCAUUCCCAGGAUACUUUUACUACCAAUCUCCACAGUCACUCCCAUAUCGCCCACAACAAUAUACAACAGGCGCCACGACCACGUCCAACGCUAAUGGAAAUACUACCAAUAAUAGCAUUUAUGUAUCUAAACCAUCAUCAGCGCCAGCAUCCUCAAAGUCAGCCAGGCAGAUCCAGUUCUCUGCCGCACCAAUCAUCCAUGCAACCUGGACACCAGAGCAAUACGACCGCUCGAGUGAUCCCAACAUAACGGCUCAUCGACUUACUCCAGCCAUUGCCCAAAGGAUCAAGUUGGAGUUGAACCAGUUCAAGAGCCAAGAAAUGGCUGUUCAUCAGGAUAGUCGAAUCCAUACACAUUUCUUCAUAUAGACCAUACACAUUCCUGGGAAUGAUAAUUUUAAUAAAGCACUUAGCCUAGAAC